GGGCAGCCGCCGGGCGCUCUGUCACCGAGCUGUGGUAGCUGAGGCUGGCCCUGGCGCGUCGCCAUUCCGACGCGGGUGUCUGCCGGGCCUGCCUCACACGCCGCUUCGCACCGGUCGCGCUUUUCUCCUAGAGCGCAGCGGCCGGACGGCCAGUGCGGGCUGGAGCGCCCAGCGAGGGCUGGAGCGCCCAGCGGGCUCUGCGCGCGAAUGAAUGGGCUCCCGGGGGACGCGCGCGCGCGGGGCUGAAGGGCAUUAGGACCGUGAGGAUCGCUCCGCGCCGCUGUCUCUCCCCAUCACCCCCCCACCCCCCACCUCUCUCCUUUUUCUGCUCUGCAGGACUGAGCAGCCGGGCGCGAGCGAAAACAAACAGCUGGGGCUGCGAGCGCCCCCGCUCCGGCCCCGCGAGUUCGCCGGCCCGGGCCCCCGCUCGGGGCGCCCGCCCGCCCACCAUGAGGAAGAUCCGCGCCAAUGCCAUCGCCAUCCUGACCGUAGCCUGGAUCCUGGGCACUUUCUACUACUUAUGGCAGGACAACCGAGCCCAUGCAGCAUCCUCCAGCGGCCGGGGAGCUCAGAGGGCCGGUGGGAGGCCGGAGCAGCUCCGCGAAGACCGCACCAUCCCGCUCAUUGUGACAGGAACACCCUCGAGAGGCUUUGAUGAGAAGGCAUACCUGGCGGCCAAGCAGCUGAAGGCGGGAGAGGACCCCUACAGGCAACACGCCUUCAACCAGCUGGAGAGUGACAAACUGAGCUCCGACAGGCCCAUCCGGGACACUCGUCAUUACAGUUGCCCGUCCAUGUCCUACUCUGUGGACCUGCCGGCCACCAGUGUCAUCAUCACCUUCCACAAUGAAGCUCGCUCUACCCUCCUGCGCACGGUGAAGAGUGUCCUGAACCGAACUCCUGCCAACCUGAUCCAGGAGAUCAUUUUAGUGGAUGACUUCAGUUCAGAUCCUGAAGACUGUCUGCUCCUGACCAGGAUCCCCAAGGUCAAGUGCCUGCGCAAUGACCGGCGGGAAGGCCUGAUCCGGUCCCGAGUUCGCGGGGCAGAUGUGGCCUCAGCGGCUGUCCUCACCUUUCUGGACAGCCACUGCGAAGUGAACACCGAGUGGCUGCAGCCCAUGCUGCAGCGGGUGAAGGAGGACCACACCCGCGUGGUGAGCCCCAUCAUCGAUGUCAUCAGUUUGGAUAAUUUCGCCUACCUUGCUGCAUCUGCUGACCUUCGCGGAGGAUUCGACUGGAGCCUGCAUUUCAAGUGGGAGCAGAUCCCUCUUGAGCAGAAGAUUAUCCGGACAGACCCCACCAAGCCCAUAAGGACGCCUGUCAUAGCUGGAGGAAUCUUCGUGAUUGACAAGUCCUGGUUUAACCACUUGGGAAAGUAUGAUGCCCAGAUGGACAUCUGGGGUGGAGAGAAUUUUGAACUCUCCUUCAGGGUGUGGAUGUGCGGCGGGAGCUUGGAGAUCGUGCCCUGCAGCCGGGUGGGCCACGUCUUCCGGAAACGGCACCCCUACAACUUCCCUGAGGGCAAUGCUCUCACCUACAUCAGGAAUACCAAGCGCACUGCAGAGGUGUGGAUGGACGAAUACAAGCAAUAUUACUAUGAGGCCCGGCCCUCGGCCAUCGGGAAGGCCUUUGGCAGUGUGGCCACAAGGAUCGAGCAGAGGAAGAAGAUGAACUGCAAGUCCUUCCGCUGGUACCUGGAUAACGUCUACCCAGAGCUGACGGUCCCGGUAAAGGAAGUGCUCCCUGGCAUCAUUAAGCAGGGGGUUAACUGCUUAGAAUCCCAGGGCCAGGACACUGCUGGUAACUUCCUGCUGGGAGUGGGCAUCUGCAGAGGGUCUGCCAAGAACCCCCCAGCGCCCCAGGCAUGGCUGUUCAGUGACCAUCUCAUCCAGCAGCAGGGGAAGUGCCUGACUGCCACCACCUCCUCCUCCACCUCCCCCGGGUUCCCAGUCAUACUGCAGGCGUGUAACCCAAGAGAAGGCAGGCAGAGAUGGAGAAGAAAAGCCUCUUUCAUCCAGCAUUCAGUCAUUGGCCUCUGCCUGGAGGCCACGCCCGCCCAGCUGGUGACCAGCAAGUGCCAGGCCGAUGCCCCGGCCCAGCAAUGGCAGCUGUUGCCGCACACAUGACGGUAGCCCCAGGGCCUCCUGUACCUUUUGCAUGAGACUUUGGGACUGGAAGGGGGUUAGGGUGGGGGAGUGUAAAGCGGGCCGUUUCCAUCUCCUCAUAUUUCUGCCGGAAUCAUCAGUAAACACCCCUGCCACGAGACACCAUUCUCCAAAGCUUGUACGUGGAGGGCUCAGGGAACAUACCCCGAUGCCCCGGCUGCCAUCCUGGCCUCGCCCCAGGAGAGAAGGUCAGGAUGCUGGACUGCUGCUGGGCAGAGACUGGGCAGGUGCCCUCACUCUUUGUCCCCUCCCUUUGCCUUCCUGGGGGCCCAGACAGUGGUUCAGGUGCCCUCCCCUUGUUGGCUGGGGAGAGCAAAGACAGAAGCCUACACAGGGGCCCCGCUGUGUCAUGGGGCCUGCCCGUGGGAUCGGGCGGCGCGGCUGGGGAGGCUGAGGCUGGGAAGCGAUGGGCAGCCUGCAGGGCAGACAGAGAACCAAAAGGAGGCGAGAAGCUCAGUGGCCUGUCCCAGGCAGGUGCUGGGUUGGGUGUGGGAGGAAUGGGACCUGGGGCAAAGAAUAGGUGAUUUGUAGGACAUGGAUAGAAGAACAGCAAAGCACCCAAAGAGUGGGUCUCUUCCUGGGGACCUAAUCCUCCCAUGCUGCACUGUGCCUCUGGUCCUGUGCUCUGGUCCCCAAGUUCUUAGCAAGAGGCUGCAGGGCAAUCUUCAGUGGCAGCCUUGGGACAGUUUAUUAAACAGACCCCACUUCUGUUUGGCCAUGUGUCAGGUCAAGGCCUCUCCCUUGGGCCUUAAUGACCUGCUGGUGCCCUGUCCCCCCUGCCUGGGCCUGCCUUGAGUACCCCACAAGGGCAGGCAGCCACCAUCCACCACUGAGCAGACCCCCUCGUUCCCAGUUUUUGACACCUGCUUUCUCAAAAGCCUUUGCCUCUGUAAAUACAGCAUUAUGGAGUUAGGGUGGCCAGUAAGAAUGGGACCUCCUUUCUGGAGCAUUGACACUCCCUAAGUCAUUAGGGACUAAGUCAUCCAGGCUAAGCCCAUCCUCACCUCUCCCCACUACAGGAGGGUCAGUCACGACCGUGGAUGGGAGGCAAGCUGGUGGCUUCUGUUCGUGUAGAGAGCUCCCAGUUCCUCCUCACAGGCAGUGGGCCUCUUUCCCCCUACCCCAUGGUCUGGUCUUGGAACCACUUCUGUUAUUCCCCAUAUUCCUCUUUCCCCACCCCACUGGCUCAAGCAGUGUGAUCUGGGGCAAAAGACUGGUGGUACCAGGACCUCUGAGGGUCCUCCUCCCACAAAGCAAACCAGCUCGGGACCCCUAGGGAGCUCAUGGAUUCCAAAGGGCCUAGGAAUCUCCUGAAAUUGUUCCCCAAAUAGUGUGUAUAUAUAUAUAUACACACUAUAUGCAUUUUCCUGGGGAGUGGGUCCUUGGAUUUCCCCAGCUUCUUACAGAGGUCCCCGAUCCCCAAAGGGUCUGGAUUGGAGCUACCUACCAUCCACCUGAGCUGCCAUGCCCUAUCUCCCUCCCUGGUGUGCCUAAACUGCUGUCGCCUGCGUCCUCUAUGCAGCCCCUGGGACCAGAAGCCAAGGGUCUACUCUGUAGGUCCGCAGCACCUACUCUGGAGGGCUCUCGGUGGUUUCCUCAGCUCCUGGCUCCCCGGCGUCCUCUCAGCAGUGCUCCUGUGCCUCAGUGGGCACCCUGUGGGCUCACCAGCAUGGGGGCCACACUCCUCCUGGCCUCUGCUGUGAUGUUUCACCCACCGUCAUCUCCAUUGUGCGUGUCCACCCCGGUGGGCAGCGUGGGCCUUUGGAGAUGGGGAGUGAAGGCUUGUCUCGUUGAAUGUAAGAGGGCUGUUGCUCAGAGAGCCGUAGCGGCUCCCUCCUUCCUCAUGGUCGGACCAGGCUCAGCACUUGUCAGCCAUCAUUUGUGGGACUCAGCCCUGUUCUGGUUUUGCUUUUCCUCUUCUUGACCAAAGCAUGUGCCACUAGCUGUCCCUGAGGACUUUGUCUAUAUGAAACACACACUUGGAAUAAAACCACUUCUCACAUGUA